AUGGCCUCAUCCCCGCCGCAGCAUGCAGAGGGUCUUGGUGCUCGUCAGGGGCCGAUGGGAGCCACCGUCGGUGCCUGCCGGCUCCAGGAGAGGCAGCCUGGUGGGCUGCAUGGUGCGGCCGCCCGCGGCGACCUGGCCCUGCUGCGGCGGCGCUGGUGGCUGAGGAAGCUGUUCAUCAACUGGCGGGAUGCGGAGGGGCGGACACCUCUGCAUCUUGCCUGCAUCAACGGCCACGUGGAUGUCGUUCGGUUUCUGGUUAGGAAGAAGUGCAAGCUGAACCCACGUGACAAUUUGAAAUACACGCCCCUGAUGAAGGCGGUAGCGUGCAAGCAAGAAGGCUGCGUGGCUGUUCUGCUAGAGCACGGCGCUGACCCAAACGCCACAGAUGGUAGAGGCAACACUGCCCUUCACCUCGCUGUGCACACUGCUAACAUCUCUGUAGUGCAGAACCUCCUUCAGCACAAUGCCCAGAUUGAUGCUCUGAAUCAGCUGGGAUUAACGCCGCUUGCUCUCGCAGUCUCCAACCGUUGCAAAAAGAUGGCAGAGUUCCUUCUGGAAAAACGAGCUGACGUGAAUGCGCGAGAUUGCUGUGGAAGUCUUACUGAGGAACCCGUGAGCUCAGAAACCACGGGAGAGUCUUCCGCAGAUGGCAAAAAAGGCACAACAGUAUCCGACAACUCCUGCUCGGUGACAACUGAAGGUGUCCUAACAGCAGCAGAAGCGGAGCAAGAGGAAGGUGGUGACUCUUGCGAAUCCUCUUCAGCAAGUGGAAUAGCGGGAGGUGGAGAGAUGCAGAUACUGAGAUGUGCCAAGGAGCCUGGAAAGACGGAGAUGGACACUCAGUUGGCUGAGAAGACACCUGAAGAUACCUUGCUCUCAGUAUCAAAAGAGGAAGAGGAAGGUGAUGACUCUUGUUCUGAUUCUGAGGGGUCUGCAAAGCAGAAAGAAAACCUUCCAGAACAACAGGAUGCUGAAACUAAAACAGAUUUUCAGGACAAUACGCAGGGUGUGGUGAGACAGCUGCCGCAGGAGCUUCCCGGUGCUCCUGAAGAGCAGCCCAAAUCCAAAGCUCCUCUUGAAGACCCUAAGCGGUGCUACGACUGCCUGAAGGAAAAUAAGAGGCGUUUGCAGAAGGAGUUGGACACGUUUAAAGCCAAGCUGCUGCAAUCGCAAGAACAACAUACCCAGAACUUGAAUUACGCAGUUGGCCUGCAGAUUGCUAUAGAGAAGAUGGAGAGGGAAGUAACAGCUUCUUGCCUGAAACAGCAAAGCCUUCUGGUAGCAUCUGCUGCAACUGUGGCUAUCAAACAACUGGAGAAGCGCGUGCAAUGGCUCGAAGUUCAAAAUGCCAGACUGGAAGCCACGGUCCAGCAACAAGCCAUGAUCAUCGAGGCCCUUCAGAAAGACCUGCAAGCCUCUGCCUCAUCACCGCAGAACUGGCAAAGUCAGCAGUGAUGAGAUGAUGCUGGAGCCAAGGAAGAGCCAAUUCCAGAAAGCAAAGAGAGAUCUGAAGAGAUGAGGGAAGCCUGGAAAACUCUGGCUUCCGCCCUGUGCAGCUCCUCCCCCGCAUUUUGUUCCACACGUUUUGCUCCACCUUGCUAUUCAAUAAACUUUGCCAUCU